CGGGGGCAGAGGUGUUCGAAGCCUUGUGGCGUGUGGGCUAUUCCAACUUGCGUGACUGGUUCUGUGGCUUCUCGCACGAGUCUGGGGUCGUUCCCUGGCUGUGAGCGCGAAGGUCCGUGUGCUAGGGGUGGGUCACCUGACAGCGUGGGUGAGCUUCGCGGCGGAGGCGAGCCCAAGCGGGGAGCAGGAUGUUUGCUGCUGCUGCUGCUACACUAGUUGCUUUUCUGAUGAGAGUUGGGGCAAAGCCUGGUUUCCUGGAGGGUAAAAUCUUGGCCACAGCUAUAGGUGACUCAGCGGCCCUGUAAGAAUUCCGACGCGUUCCUUCCCUCCCCCUCUCAAGUGUGCAGAUUCCACUGGAAGAAUGGAUGAUGAUGAUUUUGGUGGUUUUGAGGCUGCAGAAACUUUUGAAGGUGGAAAUGGUGAAACCCAAGCAACAUCUCCUGCUAUUCCUUGGGCUGCCUUUCCUACAGUAUCUGGAGUCCAUCUUUCGCCAGCUUCUCCUGAGAUUGUACUGGACCAUGACCAUUCUUCGCCUUCAGUUGGCUGCCUGCCUUCUGAUCCUAUAAUUUCAUCACCAGAAAAUGCACAUGUGAACAACAGCAUUGUUAGUCAAACUGUACCUAAGGCACAGAUUCAGCAAUCAACACACACUCAUCUGGAUAUCUCACUUUUUCCAUUGAGUUUAACUGAUGAGGAAAGCAAUGGACCAGUUGCUCUUGUGGAUGAUUCUGAGGAUCCUGGAGCCAGUGUAUCAACCGUACAGCUUCAGCAAAAAAUUUCAAGUCUGAAGAUUAAGCUCAGAAUUUCUGAAGAAGAAAAGCAGAGAAUUAAAAAGGAUGUGGAAUCAUUGAUGGAAAAGCAUAGUGUUUUAGAAAAAGGUUUCCUAAAAGAAAAAGAGCAAGAGGCCAUUUCUUUUCAAGAUAGAUACAAAGAACUUCAGGAAAAACAUAAACAAGAAUUGGAAGACAUGAGGAAAGCUGGUCAUGAAGCCCUUAGCAUUAUUGUGGAUGAAUAUAAGGCUCUCCUGCAGUCUUCAGUUAAGCAACAAGUAGAAGCCAUUGAAAAACAGUACGUUUCUGCAAUUGAGAAACAAGCAUACAAGUGUGAAGAGUUGCUAAAUUCUCAGCAUCAGAGGCUUCUUGAAAUGCUGGAUACAGAGAAGGAACUGCUAAAAGAAAAAAUAAAGGAAGCUUUGAUUCAGCAAUCACAGGAACAGAAGGAAAUACUGGAAAAAUGUUUGGAGGAAGAAAGGCAAAGAAAUAAAGAGGCAUUAUUAUCUGCUGCAAAGCUUGAGAAAGAAGCAAUGAAGGAUGCAGUGUUAAAGGCCAUAGAAGAAGAAAGAAAAAAUUUGGAAAAAGUUCAUGCUGAAGAAAGGAAAUUAUGGAAGACUGAACAUGCAAAAGAUCAAGAAAAAGUGUCUCAAGCAAUUCAAACAGCUGUACAAGAACAAAGAAAAAUAAGCCAGGAAACUGUUAAGGCAGCAAUAAUAGAAGAGCAGAAGCGAAGUGAAAAGGCUGUGGAAGAGGCAGUAAAAAGAACAAGAGAUGAACUGAUAGAGUAUAUAAAAGAACAGAAAAGGCUUGAUCAAGCCAUCCGCCAGAGAAGCCUGUCCAGUUUGGAACUGUUCCUCUCCUGUGCCCAGAAACAAUCACAUCAGGAGCUGCUCAAGCACAGCUGGAGGACCAUGGGCAGGUGGACCACAUCUGGAACAGUGUGUGCUGGGGCAACACAGCUGGCGCUCUCCCCCACACUACCGUCUUCCCUCUCACUUUUCAGAGAUCUGGGGCAGGAGUCAAGACACCUGUCUUAUAGGUUCAGCAUCUGUGGCUUCCCGGACAAAGUCACAUUACAUCUCAAGUUUUAAUUAUAUAUUCCAUGGUUUCAUAGAUAAGAUGUAACAUCUCUAGACCCUUCAUUUAGUUUUUUGUUUUUUCCUAUCAUCACACGUAUGUGCACACACGGUUUAACCUUGACCUGCUUAGCUCUAGUUUGAUAACCAGAUACAGAUGAAGGAAUCAGCUUUCAGCUAAACUCUACUAAUUAUUUGGGCAGUAUGUGGCUAAAUGAGAAGUCAAUUUGACAACCUGCAGACAGGAUUUGUCCUGAAGCCCUGUUUUCUUUGGCCCCUGCAAUAUAUUAUAAAAACAUUGACAUGUUGCUAGAUUUUAAAUAUGGGCUAUUUCACAAAACCAAAUAUUCAGAUUCUCCCAUAAAAUCAGAAAAUCUGGCAAGAUGACAACAGUUGGCUAAAAUGAGUCCAUCAUUAUAUUGUCCUUGUAGUUCGUAGGGUUUUUUCCAAUGUCAGUACCACUGACAUUUGAAGCCCAAUAAUUUGCUGUUGGGGGGAACUGCCCUGCAUAUUGUAGGAUGUUUAGCAGCAUCCCUGACCUCCACCCACCAAAUGCCAGCAGCAGUAGCAACCUCCUCUCAGUUAUGACAACCAGUUGUGACAUUGCCAAAUGGUCCCUGGAGGCAAAAUCACAUUCAGAACUGCUGUAGGCAUUUCAGUAAUGACCCCUGGAAAACAGAAUUUUAUAGCCAGAAAAGAUGUGGUCAAACCCUCUCAUUGUACAGAAGAGGAAACAAAGACCCAGCAGAGAGGUUCAAUAACUUGUUCAAUGUGAUCCAAAUAGUGGCAGAGCACGGACUAGAACCCAGGUCCUCUGAACCCUGCAGCCUGCUGAUCCCCCAGGGCUGGCCGCCGCGGCCUCUCCCCCUGCCAAGCCCACUCGGCUAAGCAUCCUCAGCAUCCCCAACCCAUCCUGCCCUGCAGCCAACAGAACAGCUCUUCACACACACCAUCACCUCCUUGGUACAGGCAGCCCAUAGUUUCACUCAGACAAGAAAGGGUGUUUCUUCAACAUUUCUCCUGUUCUCUGUUCCACUUAUUUGCCAUAGGGCUUUCCUCGUUCCCAGCCUAUUUAGCUCACCAGUCUCUCCUGCAUUUUUGAGGUAUUUCAUGUAAAGCCACUUAGAAAAUAAAUGUGCACCCCAAACCAAAUAUUUUUUGAAGUCAUUUGUCACUAUGCUUACUCCUAAGAGUGAUAUUGAUACACUUAGCAUUUGUUUCAUCCUCUCAGGUCUGGCCCUUUUGGAUUAAAAAAAAUGGUUUUCAGAAUAUAUUAAUCAUUUCUCACAAGACACACUCUCUUCUCAGAAUAAUAGAUUCCUCUGAAGUCACAAAAUACCUUACUUGGCUCACUGCACAGGAGCCCCAACACUGGCGUUUUGGUCUUGGCCACUAUCUAACGGUGUCACCCAAGCAGGGCCACGGCUUCCUUGUAGAUUAAAUGCUGUGCUUGGGUGAUGACUAAGAUCCCUUCAAGCUCUAGCAUUCUGUGAGAUAAUGAUCCAGGAAAUUAGUGGGAUCAACAGCUUAUAUUCUUAUUUCAUCCAUCAAAGAGCAUGUAUGAGCUCCUUCUGACUAUCAAAUUCUGUUAUAACGAGUCUGACUGAUAACAUUUUUUGACAGAGAAAGCCAAGAAAACAUCUAUUACAAAAUGUUACUCCCUUACACACUCCACAUGCUUAUUAUAAAACUUCCUAGUUACCAGUAAGAUAUCUUAGUUAGAAAGUAAAUUUGCCAGAUGGCCAAGCCAUUUUUCACCCUGCCUUGUAGAUUUAUGUAAAUAACACAUGAAUCACUCUCCUGCCCACCACUGCCGUUGCUCCCCCUCUGUCUGGUAGGAGCUUUCAUACGUUAUGAGCUUGUGUUUAUGGGGCACUAUCUGUGAACACCAAUUACCAGAGUACCACAACCACAUAUGGGUUCUUAUUUCUUUGGUUUCUGUUCUAUUCUGGGUACUGCUCUCUCUGGCAUAUUUUCCUACUUGUCUCACCUUCUGAUCAUCUCCUUUUUUUUUUUGUUUUUUUGGAACUUGAGGGGGAAAAAAUCCCUACAUGAGAGACAGUGCAAAUGAUAAUACUAUA